CAGACUCCUCGCUGAGCAGGGAGCCCAAUGUGGGGCUCAGUCCCAGGACCCUGGGAUCAUGACCUGAGCUGAAUGCAGAUGCUUAACUGACUGAGCCACCCAGGCGCCCCAAUUCCUACCAGUUUUCUAUUCUGAAGUUUGUCUUAGUUUGGCCCAGCUCUUUUGCAUGUCCUUUUCAAAGCUUGGAUAUGAAGGCUGUCCCACACACACAUCAAAUAACAAACCACCAAGAAAGGGAUGAUUUUUGAGUCCCAGCCAGUUCACUCUCCUGUGCUGGAAAUUCUGAAUCUGGUAGGGUGAAAAGGGAAAAUGAGGUAGGGCUACAGUUUCAUCUUCUAUGUAUGCAGCCGGAUGAAAGAUUCAGGUACAGGGGUGCCUGGGUGGCUCAGUCAUUAAGCGUCUGCCUUUGGCUCAGGUCAUGAUCCCAGGGUUCUGGGGUGGAGCCCCGCAUCGGGCUCCCUGCUCAGCGGGAAGCCUGCUUUUCCCUCUCCCACUCCCCCUGCUUGGGUUCCCUCUCUUGCUCUGUCUCUCUCUGUCAAAUAAGUAAAUAAAUAAAUAAAAUCUUAAAAAAAAAAAGAUUCAGAUACAGAUCUUCCCCAUGAGUUAGCUUAUUAGCAAAUACCUAGCUAAGAACUGUGAAAGAGAAACAAUUGUAUUUAAAAAGGUUGAGGUGCUUCAGGGGAAAGAGUUAUGUAUACCUGAGGGGUCUAGGGGGUAGUUACUGGUGGAGCCCGGGCAUGGAGGGAGGAGGAUCAGGAAACAGAAGAGGAAGUAAAUUAACUUUGUCUGUCAUAUUUAGCAACUUUUUAUAGUCUUGGUGAUUAUUGUCAGAGGUACCACUGAAAGCCAUUUGCUCUAUAAACUUAUGCCUGAUACAGCACGUUUCCUUAGGUGCUGAAAGGUACUACAAAAUCCAAGGUACUGGAAGUUUGGUUUCACAAUCUGACUUACAUGAUUAUUAGAGUGAUUUGAAUUGCACAGUUUGGUGGUGAAGAUGGUAUGAAUGUCUUAAAGAGUUAAUUCGUAUCUGAUAGCUGGAUAUUACAUGCUUUCUCUCUAAGCAGUUAUUACAAGUUAUAUAUACAUUAAUGCUUUCAUCAGAACCACCACCCUGUUGAGGUAAAUGUUCAUUCUAUUUGCAGAUGAGGAAACUGAAGCUUAGAAAGAGGAUCAGUAACUUCCCCAAGGCUACACAGCUAGUAAGUGAUAGAUUUGAAAUUAAGUCUGAGUCCAAAGCUAUUAUUAAGCUUUAAAAUCAAUUGUCUCAAAUGGAACACUAACCCUGUGUGUUUUUUCUUUGUUGUUGUUUUUUCAGCAGAUUUUUUCCCCCUACUAAUUUGUGCACUUGUUUCAACUCUUAAACAUUGAGUUACAGUCGUGGCUUUGACUGCUGGGCUUGAAGGUGCCACCUGAAUUCUCUGAACCCCAGUCCUAUCAGUUGAAUGGAAGGGCUGGACCAUGUGACCACCAAACCCUUUCUAACGGUCAAUUCCUACAAUCUCUAUUCUUUGUGGGUUCAGCCUUUGAUCCUAGCUUACUUACUUUCCUAAAUAUAAUGCUUUCUAUUCGGAGCAAAUAUAUGUAUACUUUUAUGACCGGUAACCUACCACUUACCUCUAAUGUGAGCUGACUGCGUGGGUAAUAAUUUUAACCAUUUAUUGCAUUUCUUGUAUACCAGGACAGGUACUAAGUACUCUACAGAAAUGAUCACAACAGCUCUAUACCGUGGAUUUUGGGGUUCCCAUUUUAGAGAGGAAGAAGCCAAAGCUCAGAAAGUUUUGACUUAUCCAAGGUCAAGCUAGAGAAUGAUGGAGCCAGCAUUCCAGCCCUCCUGUUUGAUAGCAAAGCCCUUACAUGUUAAUGGGACAUUAAUGAAACUCAUUUUCUAAUUCAUCUUUAGGCUUAAAGAUCUCGGACGUUGUUUUUCAACCUUUAAAAAAAAAUUGCUCCAUAUUAGCUCCUGUUUUUGAUUUUACUGUCUGCCCGCUUUACCAACCGAUGGGAAAGUAGAAGGAAAGGAGGUUACUGUUUUUACGUUGAACGCCUCUUUCAAAGUCUAAGUUUACGGCUAAGUGCAGUAAAAAGAAUGGAGCUCCGGGCUUUGUGCCUCUGCGCGGAUCCGCGGAUCUCCUUCCGCGUCCUCCUUUCCGAGAACUCGGGUUCUUCCGCUGAACUACUCUUCCCAGCGUGCCGCGCGGCCGAGAGCGCGGGCUUGACCGGCCCUCCCUUGCUCUUGGCCUAUCAUUCGGUCGCAGCGUGAUGAUGCAAGCGCGUCGGGCGCUGACGAGUGACGGCGUUCUGGCUCGCGACCGCGGCGGCGGCCUUAGCAGCGGCAAUAGGCGCAAUAGCGGCGGCGACUGCAGGGACGACGACGACGACGACGGCGGGGCGGGCGCUGUGCGCAGAGGGGAGGGGUAGGCGGGCGGCGCCGGCGGCUUCAACUGCGGCAGCUACAGCUAGGGCGACGGAAGAAUCCCCAUCAGCCGGCGAUCGAGUUAGGCCUAAGCAGCGCCUGGAGAGGCUCUCUCUGUCCUCUGCGGGGGAUCUCCAUAGAGACCGUGACAUACACAGAGGCGGGGGUCCGCGGGAGGCUGCCGGACCGGAGCCAGCUCCUCGGCCUCUCUCGCCGCCACCGCCUUCCCUGCUGCCAGCGCGCAUUUUCUCUCCACUCCUGCUCGAAACCUCGCGGCUCCUGGUGUGCCUGUGCUCCGGUGUGUGGGCAGCGAAGGCGGACUUUUGGGCUGGGGCCGGGCGGGGGGGGCUCUAAGGCCGCCACCUCUGCCUCUCCCGCCCCCUUACCCGCCCCGAAGCGGGAAGCAGCGGAGGCUCCGCCAUGGCCUCGGGAGCCGGAGGAAUAGGAGGGGGCGGUGGCGGCAAGAUCCGGACGCGGCGUUGCCACCAGGGGCCAAUUAAGCCUUACCAGCAGGGGCGACAACAGCACCAGGGCAUUCUUAGCAGGGUUACAGAAUCUGUUAAGAAUAUUGUGCCAGGAUGGCUACAAAGAUACUUCAACAAGAAUGAAGAUGUAUGCAGCUGCUCAACAGACACAAGAGAGGUACCACAGUGGCCAGAAAAUAGAGAAGAUGAUCAUCUGGUAUAUGCCGAUGAGGAGAGCCCUAAUAUUCAUGAUGGGAGAAUCACUCCUGAGCCAACAGUCAGUCAUACAGAAGAACCCUCAACAACUAGUACUUCUUCAAAUUACCCAGAUGUAUUAACAAGGCCUUCUCUUCAUCGGAGCCAUAUGAAUUUCUCCAUGUUGGAAUCUCCUGCAUUACACUGUCAGCCCUCCACAUCCUCGGCAUUCCCAAUUGGCAGUUCUGGAUUUUCCCUUGUAAAGGAAAUUAAAGAUUCUACCUCUCAGCAUGAUGAUGAUAACAUCUCAACUACCAGUGGUUUUUCUUCAAGAGCUUCUGAUAAAGAUGUAGCUGUUACAAAGAACACUUCAUUGCCACCUCUGUGGUCCCCAGAGGCUGAACGUACUCCCUCACUCUCACAGCACACUGCCACCAGCUCAAAAAAACCAGCAUUCAACUUAUCUGCCUUUGGAACACUUUCCCCUUCACUUGGGAAUUCUUCAAUCCUUAAAACAAGUCAGCUUGGAGAUUCUCCUUUUUAUCCUGGAAAAACAACGUAUGGUGGGGCAGCAGCUGCUGUAAGACAGCCUAAACUACGAAACACACCAUAUCAGGCACCAGUCAAAAGACAGAUGAAAGCUAAGCAGCUCAAUGCACAAUCCUAUGGUGUGACCAGUUCAACAGCUCGGCGAAUAUUGCAGUCAUUAGAGAAGAUGUCAAGCCCUCUAGCGGAUGCAAAAAGAAUUCCAUCUAUUGUUUCUUCUCCCUUGAAUUCUCCUCUGGAUAGGAGUGGAAUAGAUACCACUGCAGACUUUCAGACCAAAAGGGAAAGGGUGGACUCUCAGUAUCCCCCUGUUCAGAGACUCAUGACCCCAAAGCCAGUUUCCAUAGCAGCAAAUCGAACUGUUUAUUUUAAACCAUCUCUGACCCCGUCUGGUGAAUUAAGGAAGACCAAUCAAAGAAUAGAUAAAAAGCACAGUAUUGGAUAUGAAAAACCUGUGACACCAGGACAAACUAGAGAACAACGAGAAAGUGGCUUUUCUUACCCAAAUUUCAGUAUGUCUGCAGCCAAUGGUUUAUCUUCUGGAGUAGGUAGUGGAGGCGGCAAGAUGAGACGAGAGAGAACGCGCUUUGUUGCAUCCAAGCCUCCAGAGGAGGAGGAAAUGGAAGUACCAGUAUUGCCGAAAAUCUCUCUACCCAUCACCAGUUCUUCACUGCCUACCUUCAAUUUUAGUUCCUCUGUGAUCACAACGUCCUCUCCAUCACCCAUUAGUCCUUCGCAAUCAUUAACAAACAAGGUACAAAUGACCUCUCCAAACAGCACUGGCAGCCCCAUGUUUCGAUUUUCAUCUCCAAUUGUAAAAUCUACUGAGGCAGAUGUACUACCUCCAUCAUCUAUUGGAUUUACAUUCAGUGUGCCUGUUGCAAAAACAGCAGAACUUUCUGGCUGUAGUAGUAUUUCAGAACCAAUUACAAGUAGUAGUUCAGCUCAAGAUAUCAGUGCAGUGAAUAGUACAAGCUGUAAGAAGAAGCCAGAUGAAGAUUGUGAGGGCCCUGUUAGACCUGCAAAAACCCUGAAAGAAGGAAGUGUCCUAGAUGUUCUCAAAAGCCCCGGUUUCACGUCACCAAAGGCAGAUUCUCUUGCUUCUCAGCCUACCACCACAAGCCCAGUCGUUUAUACAAGACCAGCAAUAAGUAGCUUUUCUUCUAGUGGCAUCGGGUUUGGGGAAAGUUUAAAAGCCAGACCAUCGUGGCAGUGCGAUACUUGUCUACUCCAGAACAAAGUUACAGACAGCAAGUGCGUAGCCUGUCAAGCAACAAAAUUGCCGCCAAAAGAGACUGCUAAACAAACUGCAAUUGGAGCACCAAGUAAAAGUGACAAAUCAACUCUUCCCGUGUCAGGGACAGGUUUCGGAGACAAAUUUAAACCAGCAGUAGGCACUUGGGAUUGUGAUACCUGCUUAGUGCAGAAUAAACCCGAGGCGAUAAAAUGCGUGGCUUGUGAAACCCCGAAGCCUGGGACUGGUGUUAAGCGAGUCCUUACGUUGCCCGCGGCUUCAGAGAGCGCUGUGACUGUGGCUGCUUCAUCUGCCACCUGCACUGUGACCACGGCCGCCUUAGGGUUUGCAGAUCAGUUUAAAAGGCCCGUGGGAUCUUGGGAGUGUCCAGUGUGCUGUGUUUUUAAUAAUGGAGAAGACAGUAAAUGUGUGUCCUGUGUGUCUGAGAAACCAGGAAGUCCGGUACCUGCUUCAGGUAGCAGCACUGUCCCCGUCUCUCUGUCUUCUGGAAGCUGCCUGGGGUUAGAUAAGUUCAAGAAACCCGAGGGCAGCUGGGACUGUGACGUGUGCCUGGUACAGAAUAAAGCAGACGCUGCCAAAUGUGUGGCGUGUGAAAGCGCAAAGCCAGGCACAGAAUCUGAGUUUAAAGGCUUUGGCACAUCUUCCUCGUCUUCGAACCCUGCAGCCUCAUCCUUCAAAUUUGGUAUCCCACCAUCCUCUUCGGGGCCUUCUCAGACUUUAACAAGCACUGGAAAUUUUAAGUUUGGAGAUCAGGGAGGCUUCAAAAUAGGAGUGUCUUCAGAUUCUGAGUCUCCAAACUCCAUGAGUGAGGGCUUCAAAUUUCCUAAACCAAUAGGAGAUUUUAAGUUUGGAGUUUCGUCUGAGUCUAAACCUGAAGAAGCUAAAAAAGACAAUAAGAAUGAUAAUGAUUUUAAGUUUGGACUUCCUUCGGGUUUAAGUACUACAGCUUCGUUAGCUCCGUUUCAAUUUGGGGUGUCUAACCUUGGGCAGGAAGAGAAGAAAGAGGAACCACCUAAAUCUUCAUCUGCAGGCUUCAGCUUUGGUACCAGUGUUAUUAACCCCACAUCUGCUGCUACCAACACCGCAGUGACCUCUGAGAACAAGAGCAGCUUCAGCUUUGGAACCCUAGAAACCAAGAGUGUUUCAGUGGCUCCUUUCACAUGUAAGACGUCAGAAGCCAAAAAAGAAGAAAUGCCUGCCGCCAAAGGAGUGUUCACUUUUGGCAGCAUAGAACCCACCCCUCUGCCGUCUGCCUCAUUGUUUGUGUUGGGAAGGACAGAAGAGAAACAGCAAGAGCCGGUCACUUCUACUUCUCUAGUGUUUGGCAAGAAAGCUGACAGUGAAGAGCCAAAGUGUCAAUCAGUGUUUUCCUUUGGAAAUUCAGAGCAAACCAAAGAUGAGAGUUCUUCAAAGUCCACCUUUAGUUUCAGUAUGGCAAAACCAUCUGAGAAGGAAUCGGAACAGCCAACAAAAGCCACUUUCACAUUUGGAACUCCAACCAAUACUACGGCUGAUCCAGGGGCAGCGAAGCCGGCGUUCGCCUUCCUGAGCAGCGGCGCUCCCACAGGCAGCGCACCGGCCGCCACGGGGGCUGUGUUCCGAAGCCCCACCGCCUCCAGCGCGCCCGCGCCCGCCUUUGUGUUUGGACAGGCCAGCAACCCCGGGGCCAGCUCUGCCUUCGGGAACUCGGCCGAAUCAGGUGCGCCUCAGUCUUUGCUGUUUUCUCCAGAGAGCAAACCAGCGACCACGUCGAGUGCGGCCGUCACCCCGUUCGUCUUUGGGCCGGGAGCCGGCAGCAACAGCACCACGGCCUCUGGCUUCAGCUUCGGAGCUACGACCACAUCCAGCUCUGCAGGAUCCUCCUUUGUAUUUGGCACUGGGCCUUCAGCACCAUCUGCCAGUCCAGCAUUUGGGGUUAACCAAACUCCGACAUUUGGACAGAGUCAAGGUGCCAGCCAGCCUAAUCCCCCGGGGUUUGGAGCUCUGUCCCCGGCAGCAGCGCUGUUUUCUGCGGCAUCGCAGCCCGCACCGCCUACCUUUGGGACUGUGUCAAGCAGUAGCCAGCCUCCUGCGUUCGGACCGCAGCCCAGGCAGUCUGCAUUUGGCUCUGCGGCAGCUCCAAGUUCCGGUUCGGUUUUCCAGUUCGGCAGCGGCAGCACCACCAAUUUCAACUUCACGAGCACCAGCCCGUCGGGAGUAUUCACGUUCAGGGCGAAUCCCAGCCCCGCUGCGGCCUCGGCGCAGCCUUCCGGCUCAGCGGGCUUCCCGUUUCCGCAGCCUGCGGCGACGUUUACAGUGGGGUCAAACGGGAAAAAUGUGUUCUCUUCUUCUGGAACUUCCGUUUCUGGCCGCAAGAUAAAGACUGCCGUCAGGCGCCGCAAAUGAAGGCGGCGGUGCGUCGCACACCGCGCUCCGCGGCGGCCGGGGCCCUGCUGCUCGGCUUCCGGAGCGGACGGGGCGAGGGCCGCCUCAAGCCAGAGCUGCCCGAGGCCUUCUCUACGUCUGGGACUCCCUCCUUUUUCUUUACAGAAGCCCUGCCCUGAGUCUCCCACUCCCUUUAAAAAAAAAAAAAAAAAAAUAGCUAGAUUGGUGACUGAUUCUUCAGCAGAAAGAGGAUCCAGCACAUUAUUCCCUGAUGCGGCGUCGGCGGGCGCAUCCCCGGGUCAGAGCCCGCUCCCCGGCUGCCGUGGCACGGGCCCGCGUCUGCCGCGCGGUGCGCCGGUCCGCGCUUGGGGAACGCGUGGGAAUUGUAGUCAUACCGGAGGAAUUCUGUAUAGAUUAGAGAAUGUGGAAGUGAGUGAUUUCUAUGCUGAGUUUGUGCUGGUGUAUGUGUGAAGUGAGUGAGUUGGGUGUACUGUGCACUAAAAUUUUCUGAUAGAGGAAGCCUGAUUAAAGAAUGGUCCACGCUAAGGACUUACUAGAUCUAGUGCGUUCUCCAUUUAAUAAUUAUAUGCUAUUUCUAUAUUUUCAUUCUCCUAUCACCUGUCUUGCCUUUUUCAUUAUUUUAUUAUGAAACUUGUGUAAAUACAAUUUUGUUUCUGUACUUUUUUGGCAUAACAUAAAUCUGUGAACUUGAAAUUUUAAUUUUGUGUUAGAAAAUUUGUUUGUUCUUUGUUUAGUCUUGUCUCAGAUUUUAUUAUGUAAAUCCCAUUAUUCAAAGUUGCCUAAAUCCAUUUGGAAAUCUUUAAAAAAAAAUUGGGGAUUCUUAAAGUGAAUUUAUUGGCUUUUCUGAUCCAGUUUUGUUUGGACCAAAAACCAGUAUUGUACAAAGUAUUAAGCAUAUAUUUUUAUAUUUACUGAAAUGGACUGUGGUGACUUUGGAUAAUAAGGAAAAGUUUAAUAUUAAAGCCAUGUUUAUUACAGUAUAAUUAACAUGUUAAACCAUGGGAUAAAUGCCAUCAAUAAAAAAUUAUGAAAUAUUUUUUGUUCUAGUGUUAACUUAUAAUGAAGGUACCAGUGUUAAUGGAAGGGAACCUUUUUUUGUAAAGGUUCGCCAUGGCCAGUCAGAGAAAUUCCAAAGAAUACAUUUAAGUGAUUUGGACAACUCCUAAGUGAAGGGGGAAGUGUCUGAACGUAAAACAUAGAGAAGGUACCCUGCUUUUUUGUCUGGUGCUAGGAAUCACGCCUACUUUGCAUAUAAAUUGACAUACCUUUUUAAAAGUUGAAAAUAAACACACGUAA